AUGGCAUCUUCCGUGGAAUCUUAGGAGGAGCAGGAUUCGACCAGUGAAAGCAUGGACGAUACCAACCACGAUCCCCAGUUUGAGCCCAUUGUCUCUCUGCCUGAGCUGGUGAUUAAGACCCUGGAGGAAGAUGAAGAAGAGCUCUUUAAGAUGCGAGGAAAACUGUUCCGAUUUGCCUCUGAGAAUGACCUUCCAGAGUGGAAAGAGCGAGGGACUGGGGAUGUGAAGCUACUGAGACACAAGGAGAAAGGCACAAUUCGCCUCCUCAUGAGACAGGACAAGACUCUGAAGAUCUGUGCGAAUCACUAUAUAACCCCAAUGAUGGAGUUGAAGCCCAAUGCAGGCAGUGACAGGGCUUGGGUUUGGAACACCCAUGCAGACUUUGCCAAUGAAAGUCCAAAGCCAGAGCUGCUGGCCAUCCGAUUCCUGAAUGCAGAAAAUGCCCAGAAGUUUAAGGCAAAAUUCGAAGAAUGCAGGAAUGAGCUAAAAACACGAGAGAAAGCAGGAAUAGUCAAAGAGAGAAGUUCUGACCAAAUGGCUGAGAAGUUAGAAGAACUCUCAGUGAAGGAUGGUGGCCCAGAGGCUAGGCUACAGUACCUGAUGAAUAAGAAGUCGCUUGAGGCCAAGGAGUCCCAAGAGAGCCCUGAGGACCAAGAGAGCCAGGAGGACCAAGAUAUCCCUGAGUGCCAAGAUAUCCAUGAGGACCUAGAGAGCCCUGAGGAACUAGAUAUCCAUGAGUGUGAAUAUAUCCAUGAGUGCGAAGAUAUCCAUGUGUUCCAAGAGUGCCCUGAGGACCAAGAUAUCCAUGAGGACCAAGAUAUCCAUGAGGACCAAGAUAUCCAUGAGGACCAAAAUAUCCAUGAGGACCAAGAGAGCCCUGAGGACCAAGAUAUCCAUGAGGACCAAGAUAUCCAUGAGGACGAAAAGCCUAAGGUUCAUGAGUCUGAGAUAGAAGAGGCCCAGGAUUGGGACAGUGAGCAGCAUUAA